AGUCGCCGAAAGAUGCCGCCGAGAAACAAGAGGGAUCUUCUCGACCUCUCUCUACUGUGAGAGCCAUCAGUGCAAGAAGGAGGAAGACCCCUUCUACCAGGGGGUCAGGGGAAGGGGAGACGGGGGAGAAAGAGACGGAGAGGGAGGGGGAAAUGGAAGAUGUGGAAUAUCCAGAACUCCCAGUUGAAGACAAAGUGGAAAUGUUGACCGAGAUUAUGAUGCAAGCGGCGGAAGAGUACGAGAAACAACAGUCGCCCAAGACAAUAGCCGAGCAGCUGGCGGAGGCUGAACGGAAAUCAGUAGAGGGAGAGGGGGCUGAGACCCCACCCGAAGUGACUCAUCGGUCAGAGAGGGGGGAAGGCGAAGGGGAAGGGGAAGGAGACCAAACUGAAGUUCCCAGUAUAAUGGACUUUGACCACAAAACUGAUUUCGACCAAGCUAUGGAGAAUGUAAUUGAUCACGCUACGCAAGAGGUUGAACCUGAACCCGACACGCUUGAUAAGAUAGACGAGGAGCCCCCGACAACCACCGAACAGAAACCGAAAUCAGCCGAGAAAGAAGAAACAAAACCGACAACUCCGAAAGCCGAAGAUGUACCCAAAACACCAGCUGCCGAAGAUAUACCCAAGACACCAGCUGCCGAAGAUAUACCCAAGACACCAGCUGCCGAAGAUGACAAAGAAGUUGAACCAAAAGCAGAGCAACCGGAACCAACCGCGGAAGAGCCGAAACCGAUUAGUCAGCAAAGAACACCUCGGAAACUCUCUCCAAGUGAAACACACCCGAUGGGCCGACCUUCAAUUGGGGGAGACUUGGAUGAGCAAAGGUCAAAUAUCAGCUCGCAAGGGUCACAGAGGUCACUAAAGGGGUCAAAGUUCAAAGCGGUGAUUGGAACAGAGGAGCCUGCACAGGAUCCAGCGAAGGUUGCCCCGGUUGACCCUGGCCAGCAACUGAUUGACAUGAAGAUAGAGGGAAGCAGUCAGCCCUCAUCCCGGAAGGGCGAGCGACCCAGUCCGAAGGAGGCUGAGAAACCGGAGGAAGUUCCGGCUGAAGCAACUGGAGCUGACGAGGAGGAGGCAGAGACAGAGAAAGCGUUAAAGGAAGUGUCUCUGGCUAACGAAGCAGCUGCCGAACCACAACCAGCGGAAGAUGGUGAUGACGCCAAAACAAGAGUGUCAAGUGCGCGUAGUUCAGUCACUCAACAUCCCUUCCCCUCUUUCCCCGUGCUGCCCCCAAUUGGUUCCGAGACUGAUGCGGAGAAGGGGAAGGAUUUCGCCAAGUUGGAGAAGGCGGCGGAAAAAGCGAAACAAGUUCAGGAUGAAGAAAAAACAGCAGACAGUCAAUCUCAAACAUCCGCCAGCUUCAUCACUGAACAAGACCAGAAACCACCUUCAGACAAAUCAUCCCAAGCCAAGGUCAAAUCCAAAGACUCAAAGGUCAAGUCAAAGAAGUCCAGUGUGACCUCUAGCUCCAAAGGGGGAAACAGGAAACAGCAGCCUAAAAUUGAGUCCAGGGCAUCUACAGUGCAAAGCACUAUGGCAUCAACAGUGGCUAGCGAUGACGAGGAUGAUUGGGGCGGUGCAACCGUGGACGAGACUAAGAUCCUGAAGAACCUGGUCGAGGACGAAAAACAGCGAGAGAAGAAGGGCAAAGAAGAAAGAGAGAAGCAAGAAAAGGCCAAGAAGGAACUGGAGAAAAAGCAGCAAGAGGAAGAACGAUUGGCAAAAGAGGCUAAAUUAGCCGAAGAGAAGAAACUAGCCGAAGAAGAGGCAAUGAAACAAGAAUGGGAAAGAGAGGCUAAAGAGCAGGCGGCUAAGGAAGCAGUGAUGAAAAAGAGACAAAAGAUAGCCCAGGAUAAACCCAAAAAGAAGUUGUCCGAAGCGGGCCAAUCAGAGACCAGUGGCACUGGUUCGGCUCCCGCAGUUGGCAACAAAACUGUCGACAUGUUCGCCGGAAUGCCGGGUCUGGCGGAGACUGCGGCGGAAGUUGGGGGCUCAGUGAACUCUGCAAUGAAGGCGCCCAAAGUCAUAAAGAAGAAAACGAACCCAAUGUUACAGAAGAACAAAUCCGUUUUCAAGGAUGCGGCUGGCGAGAAGGGAGCUUUCGUCAAGUUCAAGGACGAACUACUCAAUGUCGGACACGAGCUGGAAAUGAAAGAAAGAUUGAUUGAGAACAUGAAGACACUCUUCAGCAGUCUUCUCAGCCAAAAUCUCCUCAAAAAACUCAGAGGAAAGAAAGGUCUCUACCGACGAGCAGCGCUGAUCGCGGCAGCAGUGCUCUCGCAACUCUUCGGCGGCGACAGUCUUGGCCUGGACGCCAAAGUUGCCGCUCGGCUCUGGGGUACAAAACUAGCCGACUUGAUGGGCGGUGCGGAUGAACUCGAAUGGUAUAUUGACCCCACAACUGGCGAGAUGAAACAACGUCGGAAACGGAAAGAAAUCCCGAAGUUGGAAAUUUUUGUCGACAAGGAUGGAAAAAUGUACGUGGUGACAGAAACAGGCGAGAGGAUUGAAGUGUUCAAAGAUCCGAGGACCGGAAAGUUGAUGUUCCGGACCAAGUCUGGAAAAUUGAUUGAAGUGCCUGGAAGUCUGGACGUCUUUACGGAUCCGAUCACUGGAAAAAUGUACCUUGGAGAGAAAAAAGACCCCGGCAUGGAAGUGUUCACAGACCCAGUGACUGGCAAGAUGUUCAUCAGGACGAAAGACGGCCAAGUACUGGAAAUAGUGACAGAUCCCAAAACUGGCAAAGUGUACAUGCGAACAGCCAGUGGAAAUCUGAAGGAGCUGCCACCUGGAAUGGAGUUGUACACUGAUCCAACAACGGGCAAAAUGUACAUCGGAAGCAAGCCAAAAGAUGAGCCGAAUUACGAGAUCUUCACUGACCCGGUGACUGGCAAACAGUACAUCAGGACAGAAGAUGGCGAGAUACUGGAGAUUGUGGUAGGGGAGGAUGGAAAAACAUACAUCAAAACCAAGUCUGGAAAGCUACGAGAGUUGCCGGGUGAAUUGCAGAUGUACACUGAUCCAGUGACUGGGAAGAUGUUCAUUGGGAAGCACAAGGGAAAGGAGGGGGAUGGAGGAGACAUGUUUGAGAUUUGGACAGAUCCGGAGACUGGAAAACAGUUCAUUCGCACCAAGGACGGAGAGAUUCUUGAGAUCUACACUGAUCCUACAACUGGAAAGAUGUUUCUUAAAACUAAAUCUGGCAGACUCAGAGAACUACCAGACGACAUGGAGUUCGUCACAGACCCAGUGACAGGAAAAAAAUUCCUCAAACAGACGAAAGAUCCUGGCCUUGAGAUGUUCACGGAUCCUCUGACGGGGAAGACAUAUGUUCGCACGAGGGACGGGGAGGUCCUGGAAGUUGUUGUCGGCGAAGAUGGCAAAACUUAUUUGAAGACCAAAUCCGGAAACCUCAGAGAACUGGGGGAUCAUCUGGAGAUGUACGUAGACCCAGUGACUGGCAAAAUGUACUUGGGGGAGAGAAGAAAUCCUGGCAUGGAAGUGUUUGUGGAUCCAGAGACUGGAAUUACUUAUGUGCGAACAGCCGACGGUCAGAUUCUGGAGAUGUGGACUGAUCCGGACACUGGGAAGACUUACUUGAGGACUAAGAGUGGCAAGAUUGUGAGUGAGGUGGAUGACACUCUGGUCAUGUACACAGAUCCCAAGACGGGGAAGAAGUACUUGGCACCCAGAAACGGCGCGCAGCAGUCAUCUGUGUUCACUGACCCCGUGAGUGGGAAAGUGUACAUCCGGACCAAGAGUGGAAGAAUAGUGGAGGCACAGAUGGAGGAGGAGAUGGAGAUAUAUGUGGAUCCCAUAACUGGCAAGACAUACCUCAGGACCAAGUCUGGAACCCUCAAAG